CCCCCCCCCCCCCCCCCGCGCACAACAACGCGUUCUCCUUCAGGCACCGCUGUCCUAGAUUCUUCUCCAGGCCUCCACCGUUGACGAGUUCCCCGUACUGCUGACUGCGUCCCCCGCCCUCCAUGCACUGACGGCACCCUAGCAAAGGGUCUCUGCAAGGCCGCUCGUCGUCAAUCUGCGAAGCAGGCUGUCAGCAUCGCCCCCUACAAGCCAGGUCUGAAGGUGGAUGCUACUCUCUCCUCCAGAGCACUCCAUGUCCUUCAAAUCAAUCGAUGGUGAGAAGGGGAGGCAGGUAGGCAGCAGCCGGAUCUAAAGUUGGAUGCUACUCUCUUCCCAUCUGUGUUCCAUGGUAACUAUUUCCCCUCCAGCCCUGAGAUAUCUUCCCCGCCAUCUCCUUAUUUAACAUACUAUGAAAUUUAAUGCUCUGGUUGUAUUUAGUUCCAGAUGAAUUUUCUAUCAAAGGUGCAGGAUAGACAACUAUUGCAUCUGAAUAUAUUUGACUAACCACGCCACAAGUACUAGAGAUAUCCCUUCCCUAUUCUGACUUUAGUGUGAUUGCUUUGAAGUAGCAUAUUGUGUCAUCUUACUUUUGGUAUAAAUUUUAUUGCAUAGUUUUGUUAAAGUAGAAAACAGUAGCAUUGGAUUGAAUAAACGAUAGCAAUCUAAUGUCUAUUGCUUGCGGUGUCAGUUUUUGACCAUUCUUACAAUGUAUGAAACCUAAAUUUUAUUGGUUUAUUUUACAAGACUUGUCAGUAUACUAUUUUCUUUCAUAGAGAUAUAACCUUGAUGUUUUGUUGGCCUUCUUUGCAUGAGCUUUAUAAGUUGCUUACUUGGUGCUCUUUCAUGAUUGAAUAAGCAUUUAAGUUGUAUCCUCAAUUGUAGAAGAAACAUCUAAUGACUUGACAGAUGAUUCAACUAUUUGUUUCACGUGAAUAUUUUUGAUGCAUAAAUGGUAAGCUGAACUUUUCAUUGAUGUGUUCAAUCAAAUUCUGCAGUUUGAAAUUAUUUUGCACUAUAUUAAGGUAUAAUGAGCUUCUUUCUAUACCUAUUUGCGGAUUCAAUAUGACUAUUUAGCAGUGUGCUUAUGUUGAUAUGUAAUACAACUCAGCAAGACAAAGCAUAGUUAUCAACUAUUUUCAUAUUUUAUUUUCUUCCCUUAUUUAGUUGUGUUGUUCACUGUGCAUUGAAAUGUUUUACUGUUUUCCUUUGCUAUCAAGUUGUGGAAGCACUAAGCAGAUCAUGAAGGUGCAUUCUCACUUGUAGUUCCACUGUAGGACCACAAUAUGGUUAGUUUGUAUGAUAAAAAUUAUAGUGAUUACUAACAUUUUAGUAAAAGAAUAUUUUAGGGUGAUACUUUGGCCGAUACAAAUGUAUCGAUUUUACAUUGUUUGAAAUGUCAAAGUAAUUUAUUUUGUUCAUUGGCAGAUUGCAAUUUCUUAUUUCUAGAAGAUUCUUCAUACUGCAGUGAAAUGCCGAGAUGUGAAUGAAGUAUAUAUAUGCAUCCAGCUGCCUAUUAAUGCAUCCAGCUGCCUAUGUGAAUGGGAAAUCAUGCAGAUCGCAAUGGCAACCGGAACGAAGUUGGCAGCACAGAGGGUUUUUAUUGGGCCGUGGUUGUGGCACUUACGUAUAUGCACUGGGCCCUGCGUGGGGGGAGCUAAGCUAGCUAUACGAAUACGAUGCGGAGGGAGUGGGCGUUCGGCGGUGCCCGGGCGGCGGAUAGGAGGUCCAACGACGGCACGGCGGCGUAGCAGAGGAUCCGUUUGCAUUCCGUGCUCUGACCACCCCCAGCCCCCCUCCGUCGACGACUGGGUGGGCGUCGCCGACCUUGUUCGUCGGGGUCCUUCGCCGGCGACGAACAUCCACCAGGGAUUGCCGAUUGGAGGGCCGAUUUCACAGAUGGGCUGAUCAGAACCACGAGGAGGUUCUCCUUAUUGCGGACUUCGGAGGUGGAUUUGCUUUUUCCACAAAUCAGACAUGGACGACGAAGACGGCAGCCUAGGCAUUCGGAAUUGGGGCUUCUAUGACACUGUGAAAGGCAACCUCGGCCUGCAGCUCAUGUCGUCCGUACCACCUGACCGGGACACAAAGUCACUGCUCCCGAACGGUGCCUUCUUGCAGCACCAUGGACACCACAAUGCCCCGCACCAGCUCCACAUGCAGCACUCGCAACAUCCCCGCGGCCCUGCUGGUGGUGGAGCCUCUGGUGGCAUGCCUACCGAGUCACAACCUAUUCACAUGGACUUCUCACGCAAUGAAGCUUGGUUGCACCAGUCACACCACCAACGUCCCAGUGAGCAGAAGGUCCUUCAUUCUCGUCCUAUCAGACCAGCUGGGCAUGCUGGGCAUCCAGGCCAUGGUGGCCAUCCUGCGCAUGUCGGACAUAUUGUGCAUCACCAUCCUACUGGUUAUGGGAUGGUAUCAGAUGCACAGCAUACUCUCCAGAUGAUGCAACCACAGCUUGAGACACAGCUUCAGGAACCUCCUCCAUGCAAGGAAGAGGAAGCACCACCUCCACUGAUUGAGGAUCACGCAGUUGUUAGUACCGGGCCACCUGUGAAAAAGAAGCAGCGAGGCCGGCAGCAGAAUCGGCAGCCUAAGUCACCAAAGCCUAAGAAGCCUAAGAAGAUUGCUGUUCCACUGGAGGAUGGGGCGCUCAAUGGGCAUGCGCCCCGAAGGAGGGGACCUAAGAAGACUGUGGGGAUGGUGAUUAAUGGUAUUGAGCUGGACCUUGCCACCAUACCAACUCCAGUGUGCUCGUGCACCGGAGCACCCCAGCAAUGCUACCGAUGGGGUCCAGGUGGCUGGCAGUCUGCAUGCUGCACAACUUCUAUAUCGACGUAUCCACUGCCAAUGAGCACAAAGCGCCGGGGCGCACGUAUUUCUGGAAGGAAGAUGAGCCAAGGUGCAUUCAAAAAGGUGCUUGAGAAGCUGGCUGGUGAAGGGUACAACCUUGCUAAUCCAAUUGACUUGAAGACGUUUUGGGCUAAGCAUGGCACAAAUAAGUUUGUAACGAUCAGGUAAAGAAAAAAGGCAUGCUGUGUUUAUUGCUUUGUAGGUUGUAGCAGGGGCGGAUCCAGCGUGAGUGCUGGGGGAGCUUGAGCCCCCCUACCCCUGCUCGGAAAAUGGAGCCCCCCACCAAUUUUAUGCAUGGAUGAAGAAGAGGAGAAAAAAUGGAGGAAAAUGAGGAGAAAAAGAAGUGGCAUCCCCCACCCCACCCCAAAUCAGUGAUCCUGGAUCUCCGCCACUGCUUGUAGAGCUGCAGUUAGGCCUCAUUUAUUGCUUGUAUGUCUAUGUGCCAAUCUACAGAACCUGUAGGAGUAGUUGUAGCCAUGUUCAGUUUCAAUGACUUUAUUUUCAUGCCUAUUUCGAACUUCAAAUGUUGACCCAAUUGAAGUAUGUUUGUAUCCUCCACUUUGCAAAAUUUAGUACCAUAAUAGUCUCUAAUUUAGGUGGCAUGAAAAUCAUUGCAAUUAAUUAGAUCUGUGUGGAAGUAAUGGCGUUAUGUGAAGGUUUUGUGA